CACCCGCUGCCCGCCUGCCGGCCCGCCCGUCUGCCCGCCUCGGGCUCUCCCUGCGGGGCGGUAGGGGGAGUGGGGCUGGAGGAAGGGAGGGAGCAGAUGCGGCCUCCGAGCGGAGACCGGUCCCGCGCGUCCUAAGCCGAGGCCCCUGAGCCGGCGCCGUAACCGCGAGGGACGAAGACCAGCGCGGAGCAGCGCCAGCCCGGCCCCAGAACGCGCGCCCCGGCCCGCCGCCCAGACACGGACGGCACCGUCCGCCCCGGCCCCAGCACCGCGCGGUGUCAGCCCGGCCGGCGACCUCGGCGCCUCCGCAAUCCCCGCCGGCUUCCGCGCGGGCCCCGGCGCUCCUCUCCGCAGCCGCCGCCCCCGCCUCCGCCGCCUGUGCCUCUGCCUCCCCCUCUGCCCCCGCUGCGUCGGCGACCCCAGCCCGGACCCCGGCCCCGACCCCGCCCGCGGCCCCGCCAAUCUCGGCCGCGGCCCGGGCCCCGGCCCCGGCCCGGAGGCCCAGCCGUGGGUACGAUGCUGCCCAGCUCCAUCCAGAUAUCGGGGGAGCCGCUGUCAGGCGCCGAAGUGCGGGACAUCUGCCGCGGCCUGCGCGACAACGCCGUGCGCCUGCUCUCACUGCGCGGCUGCCGUCUCUGCGACCGCGACUUCGGCCGCAUCUGCCGGGCCCUGGCCGGGGCCACGUCCCUGGCGCAGCUCAACCUUAACCUGGGCGUCGUGUCCAGCCCCAGCCGCAUCAAGCAGCUGGCGGAGGCGCUGCGGACCAACCGCUCCAUCCAGUCCCUCUUCCUGCAUGGGAGCCCUCUGACAGAUGCGGGGCUGGCCUUGCUGAAUCCAGCUCUGGCCCUCCACCCUGCCCUCGUGGCUCUGGACCUGGGGGACUGCAUGCUAGGUGAUGAAGCCAUCAACCUCAUCUGUGGCCUCCUCCCCCCUGAUGGGGCCAAGUCUGGCUUGAAGGAGCUGACGCUGAGCGCCAACCCUGGCAUCACCCCUAAGGGCUGGAGCCGCCUCGCCAUUGCCGUGGCCCACAGCUCCCAGGUCCGCGUCCUCAAUCUGGACUACAACCCCCUGGGUGACCAUGUGGCAGGGAUGCUGGCUGUAGCUGUGGCCUCCAGCCGCACCUUAGAGGUCCUAGACUUGGAGGGUACAGGGCUCACCAACCAGUCAGCUCAGACCCUGCUGGACAUGGUGGAAAAUUACCCCACAGCUUUGCGGAGUCUGGUGUUGGCUGAGAACAGCAUUAGCCCGGAGCUGCAGCAGCAGAUCUGUGACCUCCUCUCUGAGGGGGAGGAGGAGGAGGAGGUGGCAGGAGGGGCUGGCGACACCCAGGAACGAGAGAGAGGGCGGGAGCCUGCUGCCCACCAGAGGGGCAGUAGCUCCUGGAUGUGCCCCAGUGAUCCCAGCUCUCAGAUGGUGCUAAUGACGUCAGGACUAGGGGACAGUCUGUUGGCUGAGACGGAGAUGUGACUCUCCAUUCAGGCUUCUGCGCAUCAUUACAUUUGCGUCUCCAGCACUUUGCCCCAGAUGUCAGGGUCAGGCCCUGGGGCUUAGGAGGGUGGGGGCGGUGUGUGUGCCUGGGGCUCUGGCAGCUCCUGGCAGCAUGGUGGGAGGCUCUGGAAGCUGUGACUAAACAAAAUCGUUGGGGGCACUGGAACCCAAGGCAAUGCCUCUGGACUUGUUGGCAGCUCUGGCUGCAGCCCGCUGGCUCGGAAGAGAUUUUAUGAACUCAACAACCUUACGUGUGGCUCUGGUCACUGGGGGCUGGCAGCAAGGGAGGAAUUGGAACUACCACUAGACAUCACUAGGGGGCAGUGCCACCCCACGGCCCAAGCUCCAAGCAGCGUCCACUGGCCCCAAAUGUCUCAAACAGGUCUGGCUCAGGUCUCUGACUUACAGGACCUGGGGUUCUGGGGUGACACCUUACACA